AUGAAGUCUCCUGAGCUGGGAGUUCUCCUGGGGCUCUUCGUCUUCUUCGUGCUGACGACCCCAUUGAUGGGUGGGGUUUCUAGACUUGCUGACAUGAUAUGUGGAGCAUUAAAAGAUCCCUGCAUUUUGGACAUCAAAUACGGCAGCUGCUUUGAAAUUCACUUUAGAUAUUUCUACAACAAAACCUCCAAACGUUGUGAAUAUUUUAUCUACUCUGGCUGUGAUGGCAACCUUAACAACUACAAGCUUAAAAUAGAAUGUCAAGUAGCCUGCGACAAAACAUACAGAACACGUAAGGAAUUCAAUUUUGUCCUCGAUCCUUGGGGAGAGGAAAAGGAGAGGCUCUGA